AAUAUCUUUGGAAUUUCAUCUGUUUGUAAGCUAUUUAAUUUGCUUCGCGGUAGUAUCAGAAAGCAAAUUCAGCUUCAUUGCCUAAACAAGCUCAGUUGGCCAUUGUUGAUUUACUGUCUUGAAAGUAUCUUAUCAGUGGAGUAAACUUUUCACUAUAAAUGAAGAGUCCUUAACAAUGACGCUAUGAACGCCCGAAGAUCCAUAUAGUCUGCGUUGCUACCUUAAAGUAUGUACAUGCAAAAGGACAAGGGAUAACUAAGGAAUUACCUAGUAUCGUAUUCUGACCAGGUGAUACGGGCUUGUAAUACAAUUUGUGUUCACAAUGCAGCCACAUACGGAACAGCAUAAGGUUUAUGAGAGUCUGAAACCCGAAGAAGACAUUUUUGAUUACUACCUGCAAGACAUGAAGGAAGAAACAAACACACCAGUCAAAUGUCGCUGCUGUGAUCAUAAUGAAUACGUAAAGACAUGUGAUAUGCCUGUUAGUCAGAGUGAUAAAACUAACUUGUCAGAAGUGUCUUUUUCUGAGAGGAAUUCUGUGGAAGCUCACAUCUAUAAAGAAAAGGAUCAUCAACUAUUUACAGCUGAAAUGAUUCCUGAAUCAUUUUUUCCAAGUUUUAAUUUACUAGUAGGAAAUCAUAACUCACGUGACAUAAAAACGAUGACUUCCAAAUAUCAUGAAAACCAAGAAAUUCAUUCUGAAGUGAGAGAUAAUAUUUACAAGAGGUAUGAUAUAACAUCUAGUUCUCAGAGUGAAUAUGAUAGUGAUAAAGAUUCAAUUAUGUCAAAUGGAAUCCUUGAUACAGAACAUCCUCCUAAUUACUCAAAUGAUUGUCUAAAAAAUGCAGGUAUUUACACAUUGGAAGAAGUUUUAAGAAUCACUUCUAGUAAAUUAAUAAGACUAAAAUAUCUGUAUAAAAAACAACUUGGAACACUUGAAUAUCAUCUGAAGGAAGGUUACAGGAAAUACUUAUCUCAGAAGAAGCAGGAGAAAGAAAUGUGGGGUUCACAAAUAUUUCCCACACUAAUGAAACAUGGACACCCAAAUUUUGAAUUUUCGAAGGCCACUACAAGGUACCAUCAACAUUCAAGUCUUGCCAAAGAAAUGCGUAAAUUGCACGAUCAAAGAACGGAGGCAGGAAUGGCUAUCCGUAAACAGAGAUUUCGGAAGUGUAUAUUUACUGAGGGAGGUGUCAGAUGCACAGAACAAGUACUUCCCUUGGCAAAGCACUGUAUAAAACACAUACUCUCUGAUUCUAAGCAAAUUUUAUUUCAAGCAUGUGGUUCUGUUAGUGGUGAGGUUGAAUGCAGAAUACCUGUCCUCACUGUAUUCCCAAAUACAGCUUGUGUUUAUCACACAGAUCUAAAGCAAUAUAGUCCAGACAAGAAGGUCACUGAAACUGUGGUGGUUGCAGACAAAAUGAAUGAUAAUGAACCUACACCCAUGCAGACAGAAAAAGUUUAAGAUAAGAUAGAAAUUUGUAUUUUUUGUGUUUAUUAAAACAUGUUCAGAUGAAAUUUUCAAUUACUUUAUGUAGACCAUUGUCUGAAAUAUUGUAUUGAGAUUGUAAGAAAAUAAAGUAAUCUUCUAAAUCA